CAGCUCGCUUGUCUCGUCUCGUCGCAGUUUUCUUCGCGGUCCUUUCAGGAUCUUACCCAUUUCGCCAGGAAAGGAAGACGUUUCUCGAACUCCAAGACGAGCCGAUUCUUUCGGCCCGAUGUCUCCCCUAGCCCGCCCAAGCCGCUCGCCAGCUGGGAACUUCCGCUGUUCCAGUUCCUCGAUCUACUCCUAAACCGUGCUGCUCAUCACUUCGCCAAGCGCACGCGUGUCGCGUCCCGGAAGUGGGGCAGCUCGUUUUUUCUCGGUUGCUUUCGCUUUUUACCAGGAAACGAGCAAAGCCGUCGUUCUUUUUCCACCGUCCCUGUGUUUUUUCUUCUCGCUGUCGGUGAGGUGAGGCGUGUGGAGGGGAGAAGACUAGGGUUAAGAGACCGCCCGCGUCUCUGUUUCGCCGAGAGCGACUUCAAACGCCAGCUUGAGUUGAAUCAUCUGAAUGACUCCUCACCGGCUCGGAGAAUCCAUGGGUAUUGAUAUGACUAAGGAGAGCAAUGGAAAUGUACAUGCUUCAGUGACUUGUGAGAACCGGGAAUCUACAGAGAUUGAUAGCACUAAUGACAGUAAUGGAGAUAUGCCUGUUAUCAUGCCUUGUCAGAUGCCGCAGGAAUGCACCGAGACAAAUAUUACUGACGAGAGCAGUGGGAACGUCUCUACAGCCGAGGAACUUCUACCAAUUUUAUGUAAUGAAUCCGGUGAAGGUCUACCAUAUGCCCCUGAGGAUUUUCCUCUUCCCGGUGAUAAAUGGAGGUGGAGGGUAGGGAAGAGAGUGGCAGUUUCUGGAGACUAUAAAGAUAGAUACCUUUACCUUCCUAAGAGACUCCACUGCCAAGACCAAUCAUUACGACGUCCCUUUGCGAGUAAGCUUUCCGUUGAGCGGUACAUCCGCACUACAUUCCCCAAUGUAGAUGUCGAUGCAUUCUUCAACUCGUUUAGCUGGAAAAUCCCCUCAAAGAACCUGCUGUUGCCAAGUGGAGUCAUGGAGAGGCGCCCUUUCUUUACUCUGCAUCAUGAAGAGAUAGGUGACCAUUCCCAAUCAGAUUCUCCCUCUGGCACUCUAAGAUGUAAGGCUCGAAAUAAGUUGUGCAGUAGCUUAAUUGAACAACCAGAGGAAGCUGCCAGAACAUCUAUCCCUUGUGAUUUUUGUUGCAUUGAACCUGGGUUUUGUCGAGAUUGUUGCUGUAUUCUCUGUUUUAAGGUCAUCACGUCAGCUAAUGGAGGAUAUAAUUACAUCAAAUGUGAAGCGUUGUCUGACAAGGGUCAUAUAUGUGGGCACCUUGCUCACUUGGACUGUGCUCUCCAAGCUUACAUGGCUGGCACUGUUGGUGGAAGCAUUGGACUGGAUGCGCAGUACUAUUGUCGUCGUUGUGAUGCAAAAACUGAACUAGUUUCUCAUGUUACUAGGCUCUUUGAGGCUUGUAAAUCUAUCGAUUCUCAGGAGGCAAGGAAGGCAUUAAAACUCGGCAGCUGCCUCUUGCGCGGUUCACUGAAUAUGAGUGCUAAGAUACUGCUUAACCGUAUUCAAUCUGCUUUGACCAAGCUUAGAUGUGGGACUCAUCUUGACAAUAUCCAGACAGAUGAAAGCAAAUCAGUUGUCUCCAGCAAUGGAGAUCCUUCUCUAGAAGGUACACUGUAUCAAGAUGCUCUAGAUUUCAGGACACAUCUCUCGGCAGACGAGUCCAUCUCUUUUGAUUUUCAGACUCCAUCAGUACAACUUGACGAUGAGAUUGAUCAGAUUCUCCGGUCACUGAGAAAGUCGCAGGAAUUGGAAUACAGAGUAGCAGAGGAACAGCUUAAUGCUCAGAAGAGUUACCUCCACAAUCUGUACCAGCAACUCAAGCAAGAGAGCUCCCAACUGGCAUGUCAAAAAUCACCUGCCAACUCAGACGACUUGCUGAACAUUGUGUUGAGCAGAAAUAACCAAAUAAAGCACGAAGUAGAGAAACUCAAAGAAAUGAAGGAAAUAGCCAAGGGUUUUGGAAUGACGCCAAAGAGUAUCCUGAAAGGGCAUUUCAGUCUAGAUGUGGACACAGGCGAAGCACAUUAAUGAUGUGCUUAGUCGGAAGGACAGAGAUUCGAGAUUAAUAGGACGGUGACAUGCAUCAGACCCUUGCCUGUCUUUUGAACAUCUUGGUUGACCUGGAAGACACUAUGCUGAACCGCCAGAGGAGAGAGUAUUUCGGUGAUUGAGCUGCUAGAUCGCAAUGAAAAAGAACUAUUAAUGCUGUUUGAAUGCAACUUGAGCACAAAUUUCUGACUCCAGAACCAUGUUUGGAUCAAUCUUCGGUGACGAUAAUGGGACUUUUACAGAGAAAAAAACGGUGCAUCCCAACCUUUAGAUGCAAAUUUGGGAGGUUAGCCCCGUUUUUCACCGUCUCUCUUUGGUUUUGUUGUUGAGACAUUCUGUUCAUGUACAUAGUUUUCCAAGUACCAUUAAGUGUCGAGACGUUCUGUUCAUGUACAUAGUUUUCCAAGGAUCAUUAAGUGUACUCCUCGGUCCUCGAAUGUUUUUGAAUGGUAGUAUGAAGCAAUAUUAACUAGGGGAUUUCACCUCAUGA